AUGGCUCCAUUAUUGGGGUUUCUUUGUGAUGAGAGUCAUUCUAGUGUGGAUGACAAUGAUACUGACUGGAACACAGAUGACGAAAUCGACAACUUCACUCUCUUGCCUUCUUCGGGUGUGAUACAUCCUUGUCCACAAGCUAAUGUGCUCUCCUGGGAGGUGAGCUCAUCACGUCCAAGCUCUUCCAACUCCAAAGUUCUUGAUCAGUUUAUAGGGAUGGGAUUUUCAAAGAAGAUGGUUGAAAAAGCAAUUGAAGAACAUGGAGAAGAAAAUACUGAGGCAGUUCUGGAAACGCUCCUCACCUAUUCGGCUCUUGAAAGUUCACCUCAUGAACAGCUACAAAUGGAUUCUGAUCUCUUCUCCUCGGAUGACGAAAGCUUUUUUGAUGAUUUUUCAGAUGAGGAUAUUACAAGUCCUGCAUCUGAGGAGGAAAAUCUACUCAUGUCUUUGAUCACAAUGGGGUACCAAAAAGAGGAGGCUACGACAGCAAUAGAGAGAUGUGGUCCUAGCUCCUCACUUGUGGAGUUGACUGAUUUCUUAUCUGCUGCUCAGUUGGUAAAGGAAGAAGAUCUGGAUGCCCUUUUUUCUCUUGAAGAGACGCCUAGACUAGAACAUGUGCACACUCAUGAUCCUAAGAAGAAACGGAAAGUUACUGUAUCUGAUAUAUUGAAAAGGAAAAGGCAGAGGGGGCACAUAUGCACAGAUGAUGAGACACUUCGCCUCCCAAAUCCGAUGAUUGGGUUUGGAAUUCCAACUGGAGCAUGCCAAUCUAGGAGAAUUCUUCCAAAUGCAGCCAUAGGGCCUCCAUACUUUUAUUACGAGAAUGUUGCCCUUGCUCCUAAAGGGGUUUGGGAGACUAUAUCCAGAUCUUUAUACGAUGUUCCACCAGAGUUUGUUGAUUCAAAACAUUUCUGUUGUGCAGCUAGAAAGAGGGGUUACGUCCACAAUCUUCCAAUUGCGAACAGAUUUCCUCUAACUCCACUCCCCCCACAAACCAUACAUGAGGCAUUUCCCUUGACAAAAGAAUGGUGGCCUUCUUGGGACAUAAGAACAAAGCUAAACUGUAUAGUAACUUGCUAUUCUAGUGCAAAGUUAUCAGAGAGGAUGCUGAAGCUUCUUCAGGGCUGUGAUGGCAUUCCACCAGAAAGAGUCCAGCGGGCUAUCAUGCAUGAAUGCCGCAAAUGGAAUCUAUUGUGGGUUGGAAAAAAUAAAGUUGCCCCACUUGAGCCUGGUGAAGUGGAAAUCCUCAUGGGGUUUCCAAAGGAUCACACAAGAGGAGUCAGCCGCACUGAUAGAUACAAAUCAAUUGGCAAUGCAUUUCAGGUUCACACUGUUGCAUACCACUUCUCGGUCUUGCGAGACAAGUUUCCCAAUGGUAUCAACGUCCUCUCUCUAUUCUCUGGUAUAGGUGGAGCAGAAGUAGCCCUUCAUAGUCUAGGGAUCCGUAUGAAGAAUGUGGUCUCUGUAGAGAUAUCAGAAGUGAACAGAGACAUAGUGCAGUGUUGGUGGGAGCAAACAGAGCAAACUGGGAAAUUGAUUCACCUUGCUGAUGUAAAAGAGCUGGAUUCUGAGCGUCUGAAACAGUUUAUCCAUUCAUUCGGAGGAUUUGAUCUUGUAGUGGGUGGGAGCCCCUGCAAUAAUCUAACCGGCAGCAACAGGUAUCAUCGAGAUGGACUCGAGGGCAAAGAAUCUUCACUUUUCUUUCACUACUGUCGAAUUCUGGACUUGGUCAAGUCUAUUAUGGCAGGACUAUUGUAGGGUAAGUCCAUGUAAAAGAUAUUCGGUUUUGUGGUACUUGUAUCUAACUCCUAAUCACAUAUGAACAUUGAUGACAACCAAGACUAUCUUUUUUG